AGCUGCUGGAAGCGUCAGGAAUUGUGUGCAGGGAGCCGGAAAGAAAAUAAACCCACUCUGAUUUUUGAAAACAAACAAACAAUCAAACAACAAAAAGCCAACAAACAAAAACUACUUUGAUCAGUUUAAACUGCAGGCGGCAGGUCCGGCCUGAGGAGCAGCUCUCCACAAACUGAAGCAUGAUUUUCUUUGUCAAAAUCACCGCAGGCGCGUUUCCACAGCACAACAAUACAAACUGCUGCUCCAAAAAGGAAUUCCUUCUUCUCGUCGCCGUAUUGGUUCCUUUCCGUCAUAAAUAUAGAUAUUAAUCGAUAAUAAAGUGAUAUUGGAGUUACUGCGUUGUAGAAGGGAGCAGGUGCUGAGGUUGGGCAGGCUUCAUCAUAAUGGAAGAAAAUGUUCGCCGAGACCCAGAGCGCCCGCAGGACUCCGGAGAGCAGUCCAACCGGGCCAUCUUGCCUCUCUUCCAGCCACCUGGCAACCAGCAGUCCCACCGGAUCACCAACUUUUACAUCGACAACAUUUUAAGACCGGACUUCGGCCGAAAGAGGAAAAAUGGGACUUUAAUUCGGGAGGGAGACGGUCUAGGAGUCCUCAUACAAAGAGAGGAGCUGACAGGGAGAAAGCCGUCCAAAAGUGGUAACCCUCGACAGGGUGGAGCAGGAGGCAAGGAGGGGGAGGAGGAGGAGAACUCGGGAGAGCUCGGCGACCAGCACCGGGACACUGACGCCAGGAGGCCCGGCCUGUUAGCCUGUGAUGCGCCGGCAAAGGACCGCUGCCACAGCCCUCAGGCCAACGCGGCCACAGCGGCCAAGUCGAUGCUGUGGCCAGCCUGGGUUUAUUGUACUCGCUACUCAGACCGUCCCUCAUCAGGGCCCAGAUCUCGCAAACCAAAGAAAGCACCGACCCCGAGUAAAGAGGACAAGCGGCCCCGGACGGCCUUCACUGCGGAGCAGCUCCAGCGGUUAAAAACGGAGUUCCAGAACAACCGCUACCUGACCGAGCAGCGGAGGCAGAGCCUGGCCCGGGACCUCGGUCUCAACGAGUCUCAGAUCAAAAUCUGGUUUCAGAACAAACGUGCCAAAAUCAAGAAGGCCUCCGGGAAUAAAAAUUCUCUGGCGCUGCAUCUCAUGGCGCAGGGACUGUACAACCACUCCACAGCCAAGGACGCCAAGUCAGACAGCGACUGAGGAGCUGUGGGGAGCGGAGGGGCGCUCCGAAACAUGCAAUAAAAUCACUCAAGUACCAGCAUUCACAUUUGAACAGGCAUUUGUUAGUCUUCUCUCUCUCUCUCUCUCUCUGUGCGUGUGUGUGUGUGUGUGUGUGUGUGUGUGUGUGUGUGUGUGUGUGUGUGUGUGUGUGUGUGUGUGUGUGGUGUGAUAUGCUGGGUGUAUAAUGCGUGUGCUACUCAGGGCUGUAGUUCUGGCGAUGCCGAACCCAAGGCCUUCAUUCACAGUCAGAAGUCUGCAGUCUGCUCCUGCCCGCGUCACAUUCAGGGCCCAUCAGGAAAAAACACUGCGAACAGCUCCGUGUUAGAAUGUGACUGAUCCCACAGCUCACACUGAGGGGGGUAUCAGUUAAAACUGACCAAGUAAAUUCAGUUCAGUCCUCAUCCAAGUGUGGGCUCAAAUCUGGUUAGAUAGAAUUAAAAAUAAACGAAUUCAAAACUUAUUUUAAAUUUUAGACAAAAGUUCAGUAAAUUCAAACGAAUGCUGGGUAUUUUUUUUUUUUUUACUUUUUUAAGUGUGCCCCGCAGUCUUGAAUUAAGGUUACAUCGUGUGGUACUGGUUCCUGAGUGAGUGUGUGUGUGUGUGUGUGUGUGUGUAUAUGUGUGUGUAAUGUGACAUGAAACAGGACUGCAGAGGUGCAAACCCGGAACAACGCAGGUCAAAUAUGGACCGGAGAUGAUCUGAGACCAGCCGUGUUGUGUGACACGUUGCGUGCCACCUGGAAUUCUUCCUGCCCACAGAGAUUUAAAAGCGUGGAUUUUUAAAAUAACAAUGGACAAACUAUCUUUGAUAAACCUCGUGCUAAAUUUGGGCCCUAAAUGGAGGCGCGGGGCCAGGAAAGCCACGGAAGCGAUAAAUGAGGUCCGGUGGGAGCUGAACCCGCGCUGAGCGCGAGGGGUGAUGAAGGUGGACCGUCACGUGCCUGAGCGGCUGUCUGAAACUCGAAGCUAAAAUCCAAAGAUUCCUUCUGUUGCACGGUGGGAACUGGAACUGUGUCCUGUGUGCAUUUCCGGCCGCGCCGGUCACUCUGUCCGCCGCCUCCUUGUUCUCUCGGCGCUGCGGGGAAGGUUCAGCCGCGGGUCUGCGCAGCCUUCAGGCCCGAAACGCGGAAUGUAGCAACACAUUCAUGCCUGGAAUGAAACCUUUACAGCAGCUGUCUGGCGAACAGUGUUUAACACCCAAAUUGGUCUGAAAUCUUUGCCAGUAGACGCACAUGCAAACGAACACAACUGCUCUUGAAUUUUCUGAUUUUAGAGACCUUAUUUUUUUUCUACCAAGGCCCCCCCGAAACUCUGAAAAUUAAACAACUUAAAUCCCUGAAGCCUGCAGCUAAAACUGAUCUUAUCCUCCGGCAGACCCCGGACCUGUGACAGGCCUACAGGCAACCCGAGAAUGUUCUGCAACAUAGUUUUAAUGUUGUUGGUAACAAAACUAUAUUCCUCUUUUAAACGCAAUAAGCAUCCAGAGCCGUGCGCAGGCGCGGGU